AUGAGAGCAGGCAUUCUGGCCGCGGUCGGGGCGACGGGGAUCCCCCGAGCUCUGUUCCUCCUCAUCCUUGCGGCGACUCUGAACCUCCAGAGCCGGGGAUCCCACGCGCAGACUCACCCCGAGGAAGGUGAGUUAUACUGACGACCAGCGCUCAGUUUUUGCCUUCUUAAAUGGGCAAAAUAUAUCCUCUCUCAGUACACAUCGAGUAAAAACUAGAAAAAUUUCCAAACAUAUUCAAAUACAGAACCAUCUUCUACCUCAACUCCAGAGUAAGAUAUUAUUCUUCUCAGUAAUCCCAAUAUAAGGAAUUUAUUUACUCAUUAGAUAAAAUAUAAAUUCACUCUAUCUCUAUAAAUUUAUAUAUAUAUUGUAAUUCACUUUAUUCGAGUUCUAACAACCCCCGUGGGGCACCGCGCGGGAACAGUCGAGGCACUGAAACAGAUCGCUUCAAAGCUCAAGAUUCCGCCGACGCUGUGGAACUUCGGCGUAGAUCCUUGCACCCAAUGGACGAAGGAAGACAGGAACCCCUACGUCCACAAUGUCACCUGCCAGGAAUUCAGCACGAGCACCACGAACGAGACCACAAACACGACCACAAACACCAUCGUCUGGCGUGUCAUCGGCAUGUAGGGACCUGCCGCUGUCUCCUCUCGGAUUACGUUCCCGAUGUCUCGCAUAUUCUAUGUCCGAUCUGUGGGUGAUCGUUCUUGCACGUCCAAAAUUGUCGACAGCGAAAUCAAGGCGGCUAGCCUGGCUGGAGUGCUGCCGGAGGAGUUGGGGAAGCUCAGUCACCUAUCCUGGAUGUAAGUUCGCGGCUCUAAGUUAUAAUAUUUCUCGAUUCUUUCUUUGGAACUUUGACGGUGCUCAAUUUUCGUAUCCUCUGAAUCGGUGAAACUGAGCAGUGACUUCUCUCGGAACUACAUCAACGGCUCCAUACCUGCCGCUAAUUGGACCUCCACUCCUCUGCAAAACUUGUAAUUCACCACUCUUCCGGUCCUUAGGGACUCGUCAACGAAAAUUCGAUUUCUAUAUUCUGUGGUCCAUAUGCUUUCUAAGCGGUAGGGGAUCUAACGAAUGGGCUUUUUUGUGUACCACCGCAGAAACCUUCUGGCGAACCGUAUCUCAGGUCCGAUUCCUGAGGAGUUGGGCAGAAUUUCAACGCUUGAAACACUGUAAUCCCUCUAUAUCCUGUUCGUAGAAGACAUUUAAUGCACCAACCGGUGUUGUGCAUUGGUAUUAGUUGUUGAUCGACAUGUUUUAUUAAUGUUGAAUGCUUUACCUGAAGUUGCUUGGAGAGCAACAUGAUGCAAGGACCUCUUCCUCGUAGCCUCGGAAACCUGACCAACCUAAGAAGACUGUAAGCCUCUGGUCUAUGAUAUAUUUUUCUCUAUUACUUGAAUUAUCGUUCUUUAUCUGAAUCAAAAAGAGAAGAGAAGAAACAAACUAUAGGUACAAUGAUCGUAACUUAUGUGACUGGUUGAAGAAAAUCAGUGACAGUGCAUCAUGUCAUUUCAGCCUUCUUUCUUGUAACAACUUCUCGGGUGAGCUUCCAGAAACGCUGAGUAACCUGAAGAACUUGACAGAAGUGUACGGUUCCUGGUUUUAUAUUUGUUGAACUCUUUCAUGGGAUUAACGAUCGUCUUAAUAUAUUAUUAAUGGGCACCAGAUAAUGAUUUUCAGUACGCUGGAUGGGACGGAGAUAUCUGGGAAAAUACCAGACUUCAUCGGGAACUGGACAAAACUACGAAGACUGUUAGCCCGGCUGUCUUUAUUUAUGUUUUCCAUGGGGCACUUGAUCAUUUGAAAUGGAUGUCUACAAGGCAUUCUCAUGGGCUAUAAUACGGUUUCUAAUGUCGCAGUGACAUGCAAGGAACAUUAAUGAAGGGUCCCUUUCCACCCGAGUUGUCAUAUUGCCAACGCAUAACGGAAUUGUAAGUCUGAGUUUAAUCUGUUUCCGCACUUUAGGCUGUUCUCUGGACACUUUACUGAUAAUAGCUGUGUUGCCUCUAUGUUGGCUUUCCUUUUGUAGAAGAGUCUCUGACAUGAAAAAUACGGGCGGUAGCUUUCCUCCCCUCGAGAAAAUGCUAAAUAUGCAACAGUUGUAAGACUAGGAAUGAGAUUUAUCCACCCGCAUGAAUAUAUUUUUGACAAUUUUUUGACAGGUUUUUCCAUGUUAAAACUACAGGGUUCUCCGAAAUUGCUCAAUAUCUGGCAGCAUCCCGGACUACAUUGGCAAGUUUACUAAACUACAAUUUCUGUACGUCUUCUUGAACCUAAUUGUUAUAUAAUUUUGUAGAUCAGUGAUAAUCAUGUUUUGAUUUGACGAUUUUUAGAGUUAUUUUAGGAUAAAAUGCAGUUGUUAUGAUGCCUUGAACGAACAGAGACACGCUGCGUCCUUGUAUUUGUUUAGAACAUCUGCAUAUGAUAGGAAUGGUCUUGUCAGUGUUUUACAGGGUCUGGGGGCACUGCCCAAGAUACCUGCGGACUACCUCGUACGUUACAGAUGCUUUUUUAGAAGGCAUCCAUGAGCAUGCAUUUGAGUAUCUUCUUCUUUUUCUAUACUGUUUAGGAAAAAAGGAAGAAAAAACGUUGAUUUCAUCUUACUUUGCAAAAAUUUUCCACAUCAAUGAUUUUCAUACAGCCGUUUUUCUCGCUUGCAGAGUUAUUAGAUUAUAAGCAAUAUGGAAUUCUCAUGUUUAUCUUGAAAAGAAGACUCGUACCUUGACAAAUCAUAUUCUGUUCAUAAGGAGAAAAAAUAUUUUGAUUUCCUAUUUUUCACAUUUUUUGAUAACUUCUGCUGCAGAGAUCUGAGCUUUAAUAAUUUAACGGGAGAAAUGCCAGAAAACUUUGCGAACCUCGAAUUCUUAGAAACCAUGUAAGUUGUCAUGGGUUCGAUAUACUCGAUGAUUCAACUUAAUAGGCCAGGAGGAAAAUCUAUAGAGUCAUUCAUUUUGCUCCUUAAGCAAAAUUUUCCUGAUAAUUUUGUUGUUUCCACUUUUGGUAUUGACUUCGCGUUAUCAGGUACCUUACAAGCAACAAACUUACUGGAUCCAUACCUGAUUGGAUUAAGAAACCCCGACAAAAUAUGUACGUUGUCUACCUGGGAUUGAUUGUGUAUUUUAUAUCCUUAAGCAUUUUAUGUCCUUGAAGCCCAAAUUUUCAGGGAUAUUUCUUACAAUACAUUCACCGAUCUGUCAUCUGCACCAGCUACCUGUGAGCAAGAAUCACGGUAAGCAUGCUUUUUGUGUGUUGCACCUAAGGAAUUGAAUUCUUGUAUCUGGAAUUAAACAAGGUUUACCUAACUUGCAGGAACUAUGUUGCCAGCUUUUCAUCGACAACAAAUAAUUCGUAGGUUUCUGACAUUGUCAAAGUGUAUAUUCGUGGUAUAUUAAGUGUCUGAAUAAUUCACUCGCUCCAUUUGACCUUUGUAGGAUAGCUUCAUGUUUAAGGAAGGACCACCCCUGUGAUGGCACAGCUAAAAGUGGGCAUUAAAUCUCCUUUCCAUGGAACUGCUUUUUUACCCUUUUGUUUGUUUUUUGGUUUUGGGGGCUUGAAGGAAAACAUUCUUAUGAUUUGAAAGUUUAACAUGACGUUCUCUUGAUUAAUUUUAAAUUUGGUUUUUUGGAAUUUCUGCAGACUAUAACCUUUUCAUAAAUUGUGGAGGUGAAAGGGCGUUUGUUGGUGGCAAUGAAUAUGAACGUGACUUGUCAUUUGAAGGCAAAUCCAAAUAUUACAUUUCCAGUAGUGGAAAGUGGGCUUAUAGCAGUACAGGGAACUUUAUUGGGGGAAGCGAGCAACGGUUUUUAGCCAAAAAUGAAUCAAUAUUGACAAUGGCCAAUGCAGAAUUGUACACUUCUGCUCGUUUGAAUCCUCUCUCUCUCAAAUACUAUGGCUUAUGCUUGCAGCCAGGAUAUUAUACGGUCAAACUUCACUUUGCUGAAAUAGUUUUUAUUUCUGGUCCGACAUUUGGCAGUCUUGGAAGGCGUGUGUUUGAUGUAUCAAUUCAGGUUAGUUGGAUUUCUUGGACUCACAGUCUUGAUGAAUACGUAUGGUUUAGUAUUGCUCUUUUCUUACCGACCUCCGUAAUACUCUUUUCAAUUACUUCAAUAGGAGACAUUCCUAAUUAUUUGAUCCCAUAAUAAUAUCAUCUUGCUUACUUAGUGUCCUAUGUGCUGAUUCUUAUCCAAGCUUCGUUCAUACAUGCGGUUGUCACUGAAGACAGAAUAUAUGGUAUUAUUUUUUCCAAACGAGAAGUCAUAAUUUUCAAUUGUUUUUUUCUUAUUUAGUUAUUCCUUUCUUCAUUUUGAUGGUACCUGUUUAUGAAUACAAGUGCAUUAAGGUAUAGUUGUCGUCUCUCGAUUUCUGGUUGUAAAUUGGGCCUGGGCUCUCUAUUCCAGGGUUUUUGUUUGUAUUUACUAAACCAAGUCGUGUGUUGAUUGAGUUGAUAAAACUCUCCACAUUGAAACAGGGAAAAAAGGUGUUAGGAGACUUUAACAUCGUGGAAGCAGCCAAUGGGACCGGUAAAGAAGUUAUCAGGAAUUUUACUGCGCUUGUGGAGGGUAGCACUUUGGAGAUCCAUUUCAUGUGGUCUGGCAAAGGGACGAAUUCCAUUCCAUAUAGAAGUGUCUACGGGCCUCUUAUAUCAGCAAUUUCAGUAACACCCAGUACGUACACGAGGAUGAUUCCUGCUCUGGUAUUUUGAUCUGAUUAGUUGAUUCUAAUUAUUUUUUUGCGUCGUAGAUUUCACACCUCACGUGUUGAAGGACAAACAAUUUCCAGCAGUCGCUGGCAUUCUACUUGGGUUAGCUAAAGAUGCACUUCCGUAUCUGGUGAUUUUUGGUGUUAUAUGGUAUUGCCUGAGAAGAAAAGCUAUUAAGAACGAUGGUGAGAUCCCAUUCAUAUUUACCUGUAAAUAUAUAGAGUACACAAAUCGCUAUAUCUUAGGAAAUCAUUGAGGCAGAUCUGCACGUGGCAAAUUUUGGCUCUUAUCCUGUGCUGCUUAUUAAUGUAACUUUGCUUGCACGUGCUGUCCAGUGUUCAAGAAAUAUUAGUAGAGGAAUCCUCAGAUCUGAUGGGAACACAGCCAAAUCUGCACUUAUCUAUUCUUUACUCUCACUACAUGUGACUUCUAUCUAGAGCAUUUGAAGUUAAAGUAGCGACAGUUUCUUCAGCUUGUUGAGUUAUCAAGUGCGCUUGCGCUUUUCAUGAAAGUAUGAAAAGCAAGGUGUUGAGUUUGGAGUAUCCUCAAAACGUUAUUUCAAUCAAUAUGUCCAAGUGAUAUCACAAAAUGGUGGCAUGAUAUCCUUCACAAUGGACCAUGCCUGCUAACCCUUGUGUAGAUUAGUUAUACAGGUCAAAUGUCCUGCAUCCCGUAAAGUUGAAUCAUACGGGAAUGGUCAACACCAUGUAAUGCCAGACCUCCCUCUAAACAGUUUGUUGUUCUAUCGGACUCUUGGCAUGUUGCCUAGCUUGUGCACGGUCCUAGUUUUGACAAAGAGUGGAGUACGCCUUUCUUUUGGUAGGCGACUAGUUGAAUGUUUAUGCUUUGCUAUAAGCGAUGGGACAAAGGAGUAGCCAUCAAAUGGUUUGUAGCGGUGGGAGUGAGGAAUAUCUGUUUGAAGAUUAGUUGAGUAGCGAAAAUUUAAGUAGGCAUGCAUUCAGGAUACAUAAUGAAGCUGAAGAGAACAUCGGGCAUAGACUUGUGACAAUCUAAUGAGUUUUGAGACAUUGCCUACGGCCUAUAUUAUGAUCUCGUUAGAUAUUUUCUAGCAGCUCUUACAAUGGAAAGUGUACAAGACAGAUAAUUCUCAGCUGUGUGGCACAGAUCCUCUAGUAUUGUUUUUUCACUAUACUAAUGGCAUGUAUUUCCUUUUUCUUAUUCUUUGAGCAGAACUCAAAGGUUUGAAGUUAAAGACAAACUGUUUUAGUUUGAAGCGAAUUAAAGCUGCCACUAGGGACUUCGACCCUGAAAACAAGAUUGGUGAAGGUGGAUUCGGUCCUGUUUACAAGGUCAACCACAUAGUCAUGGGUUUAUUAAGUUUUGCUUUAUGUCCGAAAUUUAUCCCUUGAGUAAUUUUAGGGGCCUAAUAAUACAAGCAUGUUGAAAACUUUCAGGGGGUUCUUCCAGAUGGCUCUAUGAUUGCGGUGAAGCAGCUUUCAUCCAAGUCAAAGCAAGGAAACCGAGAAUUUGUGAAUGAGAUAGGGCUGAUAUCAUCCCUACAGCACCCGAACCUCGUAAGACUUUAUGGGUGCUGCAUUGAAGGGGAUCAAUUGCUGCUGAUAUACGAAUACAUGGAAAAUAACAGCCUUGCCCGAGCCCUAUAUGGUAAUCAUGUUACGGUUUUAGGUUCCUUGUACAUUGUGCCGGCUACUUUCCAGGAUUUCCUUUCUGAGAUUCAUUGCGUGAGGUUAUUGGCAGCAUGGUGUGAAUGUAACAAUCACGGUGUUGACAGGUCCCGAUGGGCUGAAGUUGGAACUGGAUUGGCAAACGAGGCGUAAAAUUUGCAUAGGAAUAGCAGGGGGCUUGGCGUACCUUCACGAAGAGUCGAUGCUAAAGAUAGUCCAUAGAGACAUCAAAACGACGAAUGUCCUUCUCGAUAAGAAUCUGAACGCGAAGAUAUCGGACUUCGGACUGGCAAAACUCAACGAAGGGGAGAAUACCCAUAUCAGCACCCGAAUAGCAGGGACCAUGUAAGCAAACUGUUUAUCUGAAAUAAUGGAUUUUUGGGUCUGCUACUAGAGUGAUAUAAUUCGUUUUGCCAAUUGUUGACAUUUUCUCCUCAUAAGACUUGUAAUAUUGUUUCAGUUAUAUUGUUCAUUGCUGUUUUGUUUGAAUCAAUGCUCAGAUUUUUGUUGAAAUAAGUAUGGUCAUUUGGACAAUUUGGUUGCAAGAAUGUCUCAUUUUUAAUGCUUUCUCUGUAUCUUAAUUUCGUUCUACUUGAUCCUGCCUUCAAAAGUUAUUUGUUGAUCAAGGAAGUUUUGGGUUACCACCUCCAAUACAUCCUUCACUUUUUCCUUCUACGUACGCUAUCCAUCUCAGCAAUUGGUUUUUUUCAUCUGAAGCUGCCUGAAUUAGAGAACCUGUAAUUGUUGAUUUAUUUCAAUGUGAUGAAGAGGGUAAAAACCAGUUUUGUUUGGUGGUGCUGUCUCUUAUGCUAACGAUCACUUUCCUUGUCGUCUUCCAGAGGUUAUAUAGCUCCUGAAUAUGCUUUGAGGGGGUACUUGACGGACAAAGCAGAUGUUUACAGCUUUGGCGUGGUCACAUUGGAGAUUGUGAGUGGAAAGAGUAACUCCAGCUGUCGCGUUGAAGAUGACUUCAUGUACCUUCUCGAUUGGGUAUGCAACCCUCGAGCAGUAUGGAUGUACAAUUCUUGACUGUUCAAACCAAUUCAGGCUUGAGAUUUCUUGGUAAUGAUUUUUCCAUUUUUGUCAGGCCAAUGCUCUGCAGGAGAAGGGUGCCCUCCUCGACCUGGUGGACCCCGCGCUGGGUGGCAACUUCUGCAUGGAGGAAGCGCAGCAGAUGCUGAACCUUGGGCUCCUGUGCACCAACUCUACCCCGGCCCUUCGGCCUGCCAUGUCCACUGUGGUCACUAUGCUCGAAGACCACACGCCCGUUCAAGCCCCGGCCAUGAAGAUCACCCGGACAGAGAGCUGUGGAGCUGCUGAAAUUCAGGUCCUUGGGGACGCUCUCUCAGGAUGGCCAUAGCCAGACCGCGCCCAUGAACCGGACGAAAGCAGAUUACAGGAGACGACCACUUCCACUCAAACGGACCCUGGCUCCUCGGUGA